AUGGAGGCUAAGAUUGGAACGGCGGUGACCAGACCAGACAAGACCAGGCCAAACGAUGAAGACGAUCCUCCCACAGGAGAUGCGGCGAAAGGCAAAGAAGGGGUUCCUAGUCUAGUCCAGCUCCCCGGUUCGACAGACGUGGGACCUGGCAUGACCCUGGUCCGGCGUCCGCCCCAGGACUUCGUUCCAAGUGGGCUCCCUGGCGAGUGGGGUGAAGUACCCCUGACCCUGGUCACGCCCGUUUUCCGCCAUGGGAGAAAGAAGGCGUCGGGCGUGAGGCGGAGACUGGGCCGCUGGUUGCACUGCGUCGUCGCGUCGGCGCAAUCCGUCGGCGACGAGGCGGCAAGUAACCUCGUCCGCAAGGCUACCCCCCCGGCACUUGAUCUUCUGCUGCAUCCUGUUGCGACAUGGGGGUUGACAUUGGAUUGUUGA